AUCACCUGAAUUACUACUCCUUGGAGGUGACAUCAGCCCUGUCAAAGUGGAAGUGAUUUGUUGCUUCGGUGCCUCGCUGAUAUUAAAUCUAGAGGAGCGGAUUCAAGUUUGUGCUUCAGGGAACGCACGCACUUAUUUCUCACAUAUAAGAAAAUGCAGUAGAGGCUCUUAGAUUGCAGAGACACAAAUUUGUUCUUUUCUAGGAGAAAUUUGACAGGAUUUGUAUAAAUUUUGCUGGCUAGAUAUGAAGGCAGGGGGAUUCUACUAAACAAUAGCUAUUAUUUUAUAAUGUAUGGUUACUCAUAGGCUUCCCCAAGGGGGAAGAAUAAGCAACUGCAGAGCAUUUCCUAAUACCCCCCUCCCUACCCUCAUGUCACACCUGUCACUCAAACACCAAUAAGACUCCUCCACCUCCCACUCUGCAGUGCCAGCUCGGUAAGCAUUUAGCCAAGCAUGCUGGGAGAUACAGUACAUCUGAAGGCAAGGAGUAUCCGGAUGUCUUGAAUUCUCAUUCCACUCUGUUCUGCUCUGAUGCCACCUCGUUACUAGACAUUGGCAUUAGACGUAGCAAUCAACUACAUUUGAACUGAGCAGAAGGCACAUUAAAGAUUGAAGUGUUCAGAAGAAAUGUCUCAAGAAAAGCCUCAGGCACCUAAUCAGACUUUGAUUUCUACAACAAAUGACACAGAAUCAUCAAGCUCUCUCAUUUCUAACGAUACCACAAAUAAAGGCUGGACUGAAGACAAUUCUCCAGGAAUAGAAGUAUUGUGUGCCAUCUAUAUCACUUAUGCUGUGAUCAUUUCCGUGGGCAUCCUUGGAAAUGUUAUUCUCAUCAAAGUCUUUUUCAAGACCAAGUCCAUGCAAACAGUGCCAAAUAUUUUCAUCACCAGCCUGGCUUUUGGAGAUCUUUUACUUCUGCUAACUUGUGUGCCGGUGGAUGCAGCCCACUACCUUUCAGAUGGAUGGCUGUUCGGAAGGAUUGGUUGUAAGGUACUGUCUUUUAUCCAGCACACUUCUGUUGGUGUGUCAGUGUUCACACUGACAAUUCUCAGUGCUGACAGAUACAAGGCAGUUGUGAGACCCCUGGAGCGACAGCCCUCCAAUGCCAUCCUGAAGACCUGUGCAAAAGCUGGCUGCAUCUGGAUCGUGUCUAUGAUCAUUGCUGUACCAGAGGCUGUAUUUUCAAACGUGUAUACUUUCCAAGAUCGCAAGAAAAAUACGACAAUUGAAUCCUGUGCCUCUUACCCUGAGUCUGAGAGGCUCCUGCAAGAGAUACAUUCUCUGCUGUGCUUCUUAGUGUUUUACAUUAUUCCGCUCUCUAUUAUCUCUGUCUAUUAUUCUUUGAUUGCUAGGACUCUUUACAAAAGCACCCUGAACAUCCCUACUGAGCAGCAAAGCCAUGCCCGCAAGCAGAUUGAAUCUCGGAAGAGAAUUGCCAAGACGGUAUUGGUGCUGGUGGCUCUGUUUGCUCUCUGCUGGUUGCCGAAUCACCUGCUGUAUCUCUACCACUCAUUCACUUACGAAACCUACGUCGACCCCUCUGCCAUUCAUUUUAUGGCCACCAUUUUCUCCCGGGUCAUGGCUUUCAGCAAUUCCUGCGUAAACCCCUUUGCUCUUUACUGGCUGAGCAAAACCUUUCAGCAGCAUUUUAAAGCCCAGCUAUUCUGCUGCAAGGCGGAGGUUCCUGAGCCUCCUCCCGCUGCUGGUACCCCUCUUAGCAGCCUGGCUGUGAUGGGCAGGGUCUCGGGCGCUGGCAGCUCGCAGGUGUCUGAAAUUAGUGUGACCUUGCUCGCUGAGGGUACUGCGAAGAUGGAAGAUGACAGAGUCUAGCUUUUCAAUUAAAAAUGGUAUAUUUCCUCCCAGAGUGUGUAUCCAACUCAGAGCUGUGUGUGUAGGUGUAUGGUGUCAGAAUUUUUGUGGUUUGUGAGUUGUGUGGAAAUCUGAAGAGCCAAGGGUCCCUAUGAGUAAGAUAUAAGCCAUGAUUUUUCUCCAUAGGGCAAAUAUUAAUGCUAUGGGGCUUUCUAGAUAAGAUGAAGACACACGAGGUAUAGAAGGAUGAGGUCCUAUGUGCCAGUAGGUUGUGAGGGAGGUCAAAUAGGAGGGGAGGUGAAUGAAAUAAACAAGAUGAAACUUCAAACUGGAAUUUGUUUCCAUCACAUCUGUGAUGCUUCUAAUAUCUCGCAUACUUAUGUGAUUUGCAUAAAACUGUGUUUGUGUUUAUUACGUGGUGUUAAUCUAGUGUUUAUACUUUGCAUAUGAAAGAGGGAUCAAAAAGAGAGAUAAAACAUCUCUUAUGUCAUUUUCUUAAAAACAAAGUCCUUUAAAAAAAAAAAGGCCCUCACAGAAUGACUUCCCUUUGACAUUAAUCUCUAGUCCGCUAUUUGUAAAUCUGUGCAAUUGAAAUGGGAAUGUUUUGGGGUAAGCAAGCAGAAAGUACUUAGGCGAAGUGUCUGCCUUACUGGGUCAACACGUAUUGCUGUAGUUCUACUCACAAUCGCCAUUGAUUAAUAAUUGGGCAAAGUUAUUUUUUCACAAAUAUGGUGAAGAACUUGCCUUAUUCAUGGGCAGAAUAAGUGGCUUCGGCCAUGGUGUAAUUUGAAGGCCCCAGAGAAGGACCCCUGUUGAGAAAUCUGGGAGUCUGCCAGUGUGUGAAAUUCUUCCUUUGAGGAAAUUCAUUUCUUUCUGGUAAGCAGUGCCCUCUUUCUUAAAAAAUGCAGAAAUACCACAUGAAACUCCUAAUGCUUGGGUGUGCAGUUGUUACCAGAUCCUCUUCCUGCUUGGCUUUAUCAAACCUGAUGUGUGCCUAAACCCUUUAAGAGCAUGACCUAAUCUGCCCUGGGAGAUCAGAUGGGAGCUUCGGAUUUUCUGUCUUCUGCUCCUAUUGCUAGCACUAUG